GAAGCUAACAUGGCCGACGACAUCAACGAAGAGCAUCCUCUUGAUACUGUUAUUUCGAGCUUUGAGGACGCUUUUGAUCAUCCAGAAUUGUAUCUUAAACCUCCCACUUCUCUUCAUAAGAAUACGUUAAUUGCAAUCAAGCAGAUAUUUGACUUUUGCAAGAGAGAUGAACUACGUGGAAAGCGUUCUGUUGCGAGCACGUGUCCUUUGCAGGAACUCUUGAUCGAAAAUUUUGAUGAUGAACAGAUAUGGCAAGAAAUUGAGCUGCAGAAUACUCCUUUGAUGCGUGGACUUAAGCAAGAAAUUUUAGAUUUGAAAGAAAAUCCUAACAAGCUUUCUCUUUUACUUGGAGGAAGACAUAUCGUGAAUCACAGACAGGACUUGGAAGAGAAAAAAGCCAAUUUUGGAAAUGACAAUGGCGAAGUAAAACAUGCAGAGAAUUCUGAUGAUCAGUUGGAUAAAGAUGAUGAAAAUGGUGAUGAAGACGAUAAUGAUGAUGACAUCAGCUGCAAUGAUGAUGAUGAUGAUGACUACAAUGACAAUGGUGGAGAUCAUGAAGAGGAAGAUGCCAAUAUUAAUGAUGAUGAUAGUAGAGAAGUUAGCUUUUCUAAUGGUGGUAACAGGAAAUCAAGACCAUCCAAGAAAAAAUCUCAAGUUGAUGACACUUUCUUCAAACUUUCUGAUAUGCUUGAAUUUUUAGAUAAAGAGGACAGAAAAUAUGAAAGAGCUUAUAAAAAGGACAACAAAAUAAAUGAUGAAGAUGAGGAUGUUAGUGGCAAAGAAGAUAUUGAGCCUAUUGACUACUUUAUGGAUAUGGAUAGUGAUGACACUGAUGAUGAUGAAGAUGAGGGGUGGAGUGAAGCUAUAGAUGCAACAGAGUCUUUUGUUAGAAGGUAUGCCUGAUGUGCUAGGAUUCUACAGAAAUUAGUCUUUUUCAACCUCCUCACUCUCAGGAAUGACCUAAGAACAAUUUUGUUCCUACAAUAUCAAAAAGUUUUCAAGGAAAAGGGUGAUGAGAAAUAGGAAAAUACCUGCAAGGAGAUAACUUUUAUUUCACACAAAAUUCAUACAGCUACAACUACAAGACAUGUAUGACAGACAGUACAAAUAAUUUAUGUUUAGAUGUUCUGAGUGAGAAAGUAACAUACAUGAAGUGGUAUCUCAAGACACACUCAAUGUAUUUAAGGAAAGUAUCUUGCCCAGGAUCACCAAACAUUAAACUUAGGUAGGACUUAUAAUUUAAUUAUGCUGGAUGAACAUGAUCCUGUGAAAGUUUGGCAUGUAUAUAUAAAGCUUCACUUUUGUAGCCUUCACCAUAUUUAUUGUUUUUGAAACAAUAAAAAGACAGGUAACAGCAUAAUAGCUAGGAUUUUGGCUUACCAGUGAUUAUAUGAAUUUUUUUACUUUUGUUUGAGAAGAAAAAAGGAGAAAAAUAGGAAAGUAACCAGAAGGAAAACAUCUGCUAUCAAAAUGAAAUAUGCAGACUUCUUUGAUCCCCCUGAGGGAGAGGAUGGCGAUGGAACAAAUGAACAAAAUGGAGAUGUUGACGAAGAUGAAGAAGAAGAAGAAAUGGAAGUAGAUACAGAAGCUGAUACAGAUCAAGACACAGAGGAUGAUGAAAUUGCUUCUAUAGGUCACAAGGAAGAGGAUACUAAAAUAUUGUCAAAUUUUGAGAAAAAACAAGAAAGGGUAAGCUUGAGAGUACACAUCAAAAUUUUUAAUCAAAAUUGAAGGUUACUAGUAAAUAGGAACUCUAUAACUCAGACAGUAGUGCUUAUUGUGGUUUUGCCUUCUGUAUUACAAAACAUUCUUUAGACUGAGCCACACACCAGAAAAAAUAUUUAAUGAAACUGUAUGAUCAUGUUGAAAUACUCUCAGGGAUCUUCACUUAUCUAACAGAAAUAAUUUUCAGUGGUCAGUGCAAGGUAAUUCAGUCCAUGUAGUAUUCUUUUAAACGUCUCAGCAGUUGUGUAGGUGUUAAUGGCAUAUAAUAAUGUACCAGUGGCUUACAUGUACCAUACUCAUAAACCAUUUUAAUGCUUUUGUAAAAUGAUGUCACUAUAGUAAUUAGAGAUCUUGUGAGGAUGUUUUUCAACCCCUUAAUUCACCCAAGUGACCAGAACAUAUUAAUUUCCCCUUGCGACAUCACUACAUUAACAAGUACCAGUACACAAAUGAUGAGAAUAAAGACAAAUAUCAACCAGGAGAUUAUUAGUUAAUCCAAUACCAAGUUCUCAGGACUAACAUCACAAGAAUUCUAUGGCAGGCAGUAAGGAGAAAUACUGUACUCAUGAGAUCUUGGGAGUGAAAGGUUUAAUACUAUUUUCCCCUUCAUUCCUGUACUUUGCUGGGAUUUGAGGAUUUAUUGGACAAGGACCACCAUAAGAGAUCAAUUUGAAUGAAGCCAUAGAAAGAUUCCAAAUUAAUCUUUGUUUUCUUUAUUUAGUUGAAACAGAAAAUUGAAAAGCUAGAGAAAGCCAACUUGGCUGAAAAACCCUGGCAGAUGUCAGGAGAAACUGGUGGAACUGUGCGACCAAUCAACAGCUUGCUUGAAGAAGAUGUCAGCUUUGACCAUGCAUCCACUUCUGGUAAUCAAACUGAUUACAACUCUUUUUCCAUAAGUUUAGUUAUUGACAAUGAUUUUAUUGUGUCCCGAGUUGAAAUUAGUGUUCAUUUAUAUACAGCAUCACUCUUGAGAAAUUUCUCCAAUGAUCACGGCUGUUACUCAACAAGGCAUUAAGAAUGUUGUUUAAAGUUUCAAAAUUAGAGCUUUUAAGUUUGAGAUUCUCAAUUAGAAAGAAGCACAAUGAGUCCAAUGAGAUUUCUUACUUCCCUCAAAGCCCUUGAUACCUUGAGACUGAAUCAGGAUUCAUAAGAUCAUGAUUUUACAGGAACCAUGCUUUGUGUCACCCCUAUGUAUUUUCUGGAGAACAGAUUUACUUAAUAUGAAGUAAUGUAAAGUGGCAAGUAAUUAAAGGUGAUCACACAUUUGAUCUCAACCCAUAGAAAAAUUACUUUGGUAAAUGUUUUAAACUGUUUGGUUUUGUCAGUGAAGUAUGGCAGGCGAUAUAUGCAAACUAGCACAUUGCAAGUUGUCAAAUGUCUCUAAAAUAGGUGUGAUACUUUCACAUCUUAGUGAUGCUCUAUUUCUGUCACAGCUCCAGACAUAACAGAGGAGACAACACAAAACUUGGAGGAUAUAGUGAAACAGCGCAUCAAAGAUGAGGUACAUUUUUUUACCAAUUAAGGAUGUGAUACAGUGCCAAGUUGAGUGAUGUGAUGUUAUGUGAUAUAGUGUGAUGCAGUGCCGUGUAGCAAAAUCACCUGAUUUUUCACAAAUUUUACUCCCUUUUUUUCUUCUUUUUGAGACAGCUGCCACAUUAACUUUUAUGACAGGAUCUAGGAUUGUUAGUUCUUACUCUCAACUAGAAUAUUUCAUUUUGUGACAUCCCUAGUAUUUCUUUACAAGUCACCUGCCAAUGGCUGCAACAAUAUAAAGCAUUUGAAUUAGAUUUUGUUGAGAAACUGUCAAUGGCAUGUUUUUACAGGCAUGGGAUGAUGUUGAACGUAAAGUUAAACCUGUCACUGAGCCAUAUGAGUACAAGAAAAAGUUACCUCUGGAUCAAGAAAAGAGCAAAUUAAGUCUUAGCCAGAUCUACGAACAGGAAUAUCUUAAACAAACACAGGUACAGUAAAUACCAGGCAAGAAAAUAGAAAUUGCCAGCUUGGACAAAAAAUUAGUUAUCAAUUACAGGAUUAUCAUUGGUAGUUGAUUAACUAGCAUCCAAACUAGCAUCAUAAGAAUUUUACAGCACACAGUAAAGAUAAUGAGAUGCUGAGGGUGAAGGGUGAACCCUUCAAUAGUCAACAAAGUCUUCACAUCUAUUUAUUAUAAUAAUUAAAAUUGUUAAUACUUUUAGUCCAGGAUGAUUUAAGUUAUGUUAUGAAAUGUCAUUUUUAAACUCUAUAUUUUGCAGGUGGAAGCUGAAGAGAAAGAAAUUGAAGAGCAUGCAGAGAUCAAAGCCUUGAUGACAAAACUUUUUGUCAAGCUAGAUGCUUUGUCAAACUUUCAUUUUACACCUAAACCAGUAAGUUGUCCAGUUCAGACCUAAAGUAAAGAAUUCUCUUCCAGAAUCUAUUAUUAUAAGUUGCUCUUAGUAGAAACUCUUUUGCUUCUCUCGUGUUCUCCAAAUUUCCAGCAUGCAUCCAUACCUUGAUCUAAGCAUGCCAAGCAUGAAUUAAUUCUUAAUUCUUUUAUUAGCGCUUGGGGCUUAGCCUACAAGCAGGCCCCCACUAAAAACACUGCUGCAUAAAUGUUUCUAUACCCCUGAGAGAGUUUGAGGCAUUGGACAAAGCAAACUGGCUAAAGGUCUGCAGCUCAAGGCCUCAAACUUUCUGGCAGGUUAAGAAAUGCUUGCUCCUCAGCAUAAUGACAAGCUGUCCAGGGUUGAGUUAGAUGUGUACACUGCAAGCCAGUCCCAAUGUUGACUUUCUCUUAUUUCAGCCCAAACCAGAACUUAAAGUUGUCAGUAAUGUCCCAGUGAUAUCUGUAGAAGAAGUGACCCCAGCAACUGUGAGUGAUGCAAUGAUGUUGGCUCCAGAGGAGGUCCAUGAAAAGAAGAGAGAUCAGAAAGGAAGUUCUGAGAAAACAGACACUGACAGAAAACGCGACAGAAGGGCCAAGAAAAGAAGGCAACAUGACCAAGCUGCGGCAAGAGGAAAGAAAGCCAAACUUAAGGAAAAGCUCAAACCUGGCCUGGGAAACAAGUAUUCUAAAAAGGCUGCUCUAAAGAAAUUGGAAAAAGAUCAGACAUCUCAAAAAAAUGUGUCUGUGUUGAGAGACGAAGGUAGUGAUAAACCUGUCAAAACUUCAUCAACCUUCUUUUCUCGCCUUCAAGAUGAAGUCAGGGAUCAAGUAAAAGCUAAGAAAGAUAGCAAGAAAAAGAAGGAGAAGUCUGCUGCUAAAGUGUCCCAAUUGAAACUCUGAAGUCAAAGCAUGGUGUGGUUCUACAUUCUGCUUGUCUAAAUGAUUACUGAGCAAUUCUGCAUGAGUGACCUGUCCACAGUUGUGAUGUGAGGUUGCAUUGGAAGAUUUGUGUGUCAAGUAUGGACAUGCACACCUCUGAAGCUAAUUUAAAUUGUAAAAUUAGUGAACAAGUUCGGAAGUAAAUUCUGUUCGUGAUGAUACACAAUAAAGGUAUCUGAGAGAAGAAGGUCUAUAACCGUAUGUCUAUCAUCUCUAGUCCUAUUUUCUGAAGCAAAACAAGUAAUCAAUUGCUGUUGAUAACUUUGGUGGAG